ACGAAAGUGAUUGUUGUAUACGAGAUUAGCAAAUUAAUACAACCGCUAUUUAAUUUUGUUGUUACAAAUAAAAUUAUUUAAUUUUGACCUUUCGCCAAAGAAAAAAAAGAAAAAACCAAACUUAGCUAGUAAUAAGAAAGCACUAUCCAUUAUUAUUAUUAUCACUCGUCCCCCACCACAUUUCAUAUUCACAUAAUUAUGUUCAAUAAUUCAACAACAACCUUCGGCUCGGACUCCGGCAACGGCGCCGUCGUCCCAAAUCCCGACGUUACUGUUCCCAACACCGUCUUUCCCGGCACCACCAUCACUACCAACUCAACCUUCAUCAUCUUCGGACCUCCACCACCGUUCCCAGCUCCUCCACGAAGCAUCGACCUCUCUCCUCUCAAACUAAUCUUUGCCGUCAUCGCAAUCGUCGCCGUUCCCGCUUUAGUUUACGCUCUCUUCUUCACCGUCCCCUGCUCUUCUUCCUCCCGACGCAACUCCUCUUCCUCACGCCGCAGCAGCACAUCCUCUUCCUCCGACGACGUCACCAUCGAUAUCACCUCGCCGACCACCACCGUAGUAGCUCCUCCUGAAUCCGGCGAGAAAGUCAAAAAGGAGAAACAUUCGAAGGAGAUCGGAAACGAGUGCACGGUUUGUCUCUACGUAAUCACCGACGGUGAAAAAAUACGGCGGCUUACGUGUGACCACGCUUUCCACGUGGAUUGUAUUGAAGAGUGGCUUCAAGAUCAUCCUAAUUGUCCCAUUUGCCGAGCUGAAGUCCCCGUUAAACAACACACCACCACCGAAACCGCAGCUGCCGCCAACGUUACUACUGUUAACGCGAAUCGCAGCGGUGGAAACCGUCGCGUUUCGGCCACUAAUAGAGAUGACGAUUGGCGUCAAGGCUUACCUGAUGCUUCUAGUUUAGUUUGAAUUUUUAUAUAAAAAAAAUAUUAUUUAUUUC